AUGGAGAUGAGGAUGAAGAUGAAGAACAUGGAGACAAAGAUGGAGAAGAUGGAAAUGACGAGCAAGAGAAAGAUGAAGACGAAGAUGGAGCUGAAGAUGAGGAUGAAGAUGAUGAAGAAGAUCAAGAUAAUGAAGAGGAUUAGGAUGAUGAAGAUAAAGAUGAAGAUGAAGGAAGAUGAGAAUGAAGACAAAGAUGGGGAAAAUGAAGAAGAUGAAAACGAAGACCAAGACAAAGAUGAAACUGAAGAUGAAAAUGGAGCUGAAAAUAAAGAUGGAGGUGAUGAAGAUGAAGAUGAUGAGGAUGAUGAAGAUGAUGAAGAUGAAGAACCUGAGGAACAUCAACAUAAAGUCGAAGACAAAGAUGGAGAACAUGGAAAUGAAGACCAAGACAGAGACGAAACUGAAAAUAAAGAUGAAGAUGAAGAUGAAGAUGAAGAUGAAGAUGAAGAUGAAGAUGAAGACGAAGAUGAAGAUGAUGAAGACAAUGAAGAUGAGGAUGAUGAAGAUGAAGAACCUGAGGAACAUGAACAUGAAGUCGAAGACAAAGAUGGAAACGAAGACCAAGACAGAGACGGAACUGAAAAUAAAGAUGAAGAUGAAGAUGAAGAUGAAGAUGAAGAUGAAGAUAUGAAGAUGAAGAUGAAGAUGAACAUGGAGAUGGAGAAAAAGAUGGAGAACAUGGAAAUGAAGACCAAGACAGAGACGAAACUGAAAAUAAAGAUGAAGAUGAAGAUGAAGAUGAAGAUGAAAUCAAGAUCAGGAUAA